GUAUAUUGUAAAAUGUAAUUGAGAGCUCAUCUCAGUUUUGGCGCAAAUUGCACUUUAUGCGUCUUGCAAAAUUUAGUUUGCUUUGCAAUUUUUUGUUGAUAAGUAAAAGGCGUCAACUUUAAAAAAUAAAAUGAACGAUUCCUUUGGUGAUUUCAAUUCCACACAAACGGCGACAGCCGGCGCCACAAAAGAGGCAUCCGGAGAGGGCAUCAUUUCGCUUUUGAUCAAGCAAAUUCUCGACUCACCCGAGGGCAAUUUCAAGAUGUUCGACGUGAACUACGCUCUCGUCUGUGCCGUUGGAAUUGUUCGCAACAUUGAGACUUCGUCCACUAAGAUUACAUACUCUCUGGAAGAUCACAGUGGUCGUAUCGAUGCUCAUUAUUGGCUGGAGGAGGGGGAUGCCAUCAAUGCGCCCGAUGUAAUGAUCAACAACUAUGUGAAAAUCUAUGGCUCUGUGCGCUCGCAGGCGGGUCAAAGAGUGUUGAUGGUCUUUAAGCUGCUCAACGUCUUGGACCCCAAUGAGAUUUGCACCCAUGUGCUGGAGGCGCUGCAUUCCCGUUACAAGGCCGAGGAGUACCAUGCCAAGGGCGACUCUAUCGCCAACAGCGGCAACAACGCCAAUAUGUCGUCAUCUGGCUUUAGUUCCAGCCAGGGAAAUGCCAUUGUUGCUGGCCUGGAUAGUAAGCAGUUGGCUGUCUUCCAGGCGAUCAAGAGCAAGGUGUCCGAUGAGGGAAUUCAUCGCAGUGAACUCAAUUCGAAGUUCUCCCACAUCAGCGCAUCCGAAAUGAACAACAUUUUGGACUUUAUGAUAUCGGAGGGACACAUUUACUCAAGUAUCGAUGCAGAUCAUUUCUUGUGUACCUUGUAAUGCUACAAAUUAGUAUUUACUUUACUCUAACUAUAUAUAAGAUCAUUCAAAAAACUGUUCCACUCUAAUUCAUUGAAAACUUGCUGUUAUAUGAGGUUGUAGAGAUGGUUCAAGAUUAAAUGAAUUUAAUUAUUCAAAACAACUCAAUUUGUAAUUGAAACAUCGGCUUAAAUUAAGUUGGUAUA